UCGCUUUGAGCUAGAUUAGUAGUGUACAGAGUGUUUUAUUAUUCAAGUGGAAAGGCAAGGCGUCAUGCCGCCAAAACGACGCAAGACUUACUUGGAGCCAUUCUGUGAUAAAGAGAGGCUGCCCAGGUCAACGGAGUACCGACAGUCUCGUGCCGACAGACGUGCACAAACAGCAUGCAACGACUCUUCUCUGUCAGAUGCAUCCGAUGAAGCUGAACCACACGCUCCCAGUGCCUCGAGAUCUCCACUAAACCCUUCAAUCAGCGAUCCCGAAAAUGAACCACCCGCUUCCAGUUCUUGGUUCGACUCGCGCCGCCCUCCGACUGAAGGUGUCUGCGAAGAAUACGAUCCAUCCGACCUGCUGAGCGAGCCCGAUUACGAUACUGCUGGACGCGCAUCUUUCCUCGACUCCGAUUUUACGGCGGACGACAUUGCGACUCUAGUUAUGGACUUCGCUGUCACAUCUGGGCUGUCGUGGACUCAGAUAGAAAGGCUCAUGAAGUUUGUUGGUUUCAUUUUAAAGAGAAAUGAUCUUCCCGACACCAAAUUUCUGUUCAAGAAGUUUGCUGGUGUUUCGCUGGACACUCUCACAUUUCACUAUUAUUGCCCAGACUGCAUGCGUCUGCUCGGUGAGUGUGAGGGAGCUACCAAGAAGAAAGAUGUCGAUCUGACGUGUAUACAGUGCGGCAUGAAACACACACAAAGUGCUCUUGCCACGCAUGGCAAUUUUUUUGUCAGUCUGCCACUGGAGAAGCAGCUUUCAUCAGUGCUUUCAUCGAAGGAAGUUGCCAAAGCCCUUAAGAGCUCAUUAGAGAGGAUAUCGCAGCCUCGCGACACUGACCUCAAGUCUGAUAUAACAGACGGGGAACUAUACAGACAACAAAGAGAGGAGCUUGACCUUGACGCAAUGGGCAUAACCAUGACGGUUAGCUCAGAUGGGUGUCCGCUUUUUAACUCGUCAAAGUAUUCGAUUUGGCCAGUGCAGAUGGCAAUUAAUGAGCUCCCUCCAAGUCAGCGGUGCAAAAAUCUCAUGAUCUCCAUGCUUUGGUAUGGUCAGACUCACCCAAAUAUGACUAUCAUGCUUAUGGCCUUCGUGAAGCAGAUGAGGCUGCUAGGUGACACCGGUGUGAAAUGGACAUGCGAUGGCAAGACUUUCCACUCAAAGGUGUACUGUCUCAACAGUGUUGCAGACUCUCCAGCUCGUGCACUCAUGCAAAAUAUGGUGCAGUAUAAUGGCUACUUUGGGUGCGGUUGGUGCCUGCACCCAGGAGAAUCUGUUGAAGGAACAGUCAAGUACCCUGCCAGUGCCAGCACCUUUCCGGACAGAAGCAAGGACUCUGUCAUGAUGGACAUGAAGGAAGUGCAUAACACUGGUGUAUAUAAGCGUGGUGUAAAGGGACCAUCCCCACUAAUUAAUUUGCCAGCGUUCGACAUCGUAUGGAGCUUCAGCCCAGAUUACAUGCACUGUGUGCUGCUUGGUGUGACACGCCAGGUUAUGGAGUUGUGGCUUUCCAAUGUUGGUGCACCAUACUACAUUGGAUCGCCACAACUCUUGCAAGAGAUUGAUGAGCGGCUGUGUUGCAUCAAGCCUCCACAAUGUAUUCCGCGCCUACCACGAUCAGUGCAGCUCAGAAAAUAUUGGAAGGCAGUUGAAUGGCAGCAGUGGCUCCUGUAUUUCGGCCUUGUUUGCCUAGAUGGCAUAUUGCCUGUGCGCUACCUGAAUCACUUCAGCCUUUUGGUCAAGGGUACCUUUCUCUUGCUACAAGAUAGCGUGCCAAGCAGUGACAUUGCCAUGAGCACUGACUGUCUAGUGCAGUUUGUUGUAGGCAUUCAGUUUCUGUAUGGUGAGAAAAAUAUGACUUCGAAUGUGCACCAGCUCCUCCACCUCCCAAAAAGUGUUGUACUUCAGGGGCCACUUUGGGCGCACUCAUGUUUCUGCUUUGAGGCAAGCAUGGGUAGGUUGAAAGGCCUUAUCUCUUCAGCAAAGGGUGUGCCUCAUCAGAUUAUGACUCGUGUAAUGAUGGCACACACAUUGAACGCCUCUAAGGCAGUUUCAAGCCCAUGUUCAGGCCUUUUUGAAGAGUACCAUGCCUAAGGAAAAUGUAGCCCUCCUUGGCAAGCCAAGACUGGUAGAAGGCUCCCUCUAUACACUGAUUGAGAAGCAGGUUCCUGAUCAGAUCAAUUGGUCCUGUUCUAGAAUAUGACAGAGUGUGCAUCUCUGGCCAUUUGUUCCACAGCGAACAGUACCACAGGCCAGACAAAACUGACUGCACAGCAGUAAGACUACCAAACAAUGUUUGUGGGAAAAUUCAACACAUUGUGUCAUUUGGUUGCAGUGACACAGAAAAAGCAUUCAUCGUUUUUAGGAGCUGUGUAGCAGGUCCUUCAUUUGGCACUACUCACAUUACGAAUGUUGAGAGGUGGU